GCUUAAUAAUAUACGCAACACACAAUAUUAUUAACUACUUACUCCUUUCUCAUCUAGCUUGUAGAUUCGAUCAGGUAAACAAGUUGAUACUAGAAUUCUGGGUAUCCGUAUUAAUUUUACACCAUUUUUCACGUCCUUUAACAUUUAAGUGUAAACCUUACGAAAGCACGUUCAUGCAACAUGCUCAUGCACGAAUAUACUAUUAUAAUAAUAACAAAUGAGCAAUGCUAAUAAUUGUAUAAAUAAAAGAAAAACAAAGCAAUAUUUCUUCUAAUACUAUCAUUGUAUAAUCAGUACUUGUAUGUAUAAGUAAGUGUAUGUCGGUAGUACAAGGUAAUACCCAUAUUUAAUUACAAUUUUUGAAAUAAAUAAUAAUAAAUUCUUGAUAAAUUAAUAAGAGUCAAAGUUAUAUAUCAGUUUGGUAAAAUGAAUACAACGAGUGUCACAGUAAUUUUCAAACAAAAAUCUAUUAAACACGUAAAGGUGUAGGAUUUUAAUUGACACUCGCUAUAUAUCAGUGACUUUAAUGGUUAUGCUUCAGAUUACUUCAUCUUGUUUCGACAUUUAGUUCAAAUUUAGAUCAAUGGCUAUCACAUUAACGUAUAAAUUAUAUGCAUUAUUAUGAUACAAUCGUUUAAAAAUAAUUCUAAAUAUGGGAUCGUGUUGUAUUGAAGAAACAAACAAGGAUAUUAUUCCACGAAUACUAAUGAUACCAGCAGUAUCAUAUCCCGCCCCAUUCUGGUCAGGUUACGCAGUAAUUAAUUCCAAAAUUACAGAUUUAUCAUUACAAGACUUUAAAGGAAAAUAUGUAAUACUAUUAUUUUAUCCAUAUGAUUUUACAUUCGUAUGUCCAACAGAAAUCAUUCAAUUCAGCGAACGCAUCAAUGAAUUUCGAAUCCUUAAUGCAGAAGUUGUUGCUGUAUCAACAGAUUCGGAAUAUUCGCAUUUGGCAUGGAUAACUACUCCGAGAAAACAAGGAGGCUUGGGUGAAAUGAAAAUUCCCGUAUUAGCUGAUAAAAAUCAUAAGAUUUCUAAUGAUUAUGGCGUAUUAGAUGAGAUUCGAGGAAUAGCAAUCAGGGCUUUGUUUAUAAUAGAUCCAAAGCAAUUAAUAAGACACGUGAAUUUAAAUGACGAUGCCAUUUCGCGUUCCGUUGAUGAAAUUUUAAGACUACUGCAAGCGUGUCAAUUUGCAGAUAAAUUUGGCGACACGUGUCCCUUAGGUCCGAUCCAACAAAAACGUGUAUCUAGGCACAAUUCUAUUUAUUUUGACACUACUUCUAAUUAAUUUUCAUAAACUGUCAAAUAAUAACAAAUAAAUACUACCAUUGUAUCAUAUCAAUACAUCUAAUUUUCAUCCAUAUUAUGUUUAAAAA